AUGAAAUUCAGAAAUGGAAUGUGGUUACCGGCAGAGGGGAAACGACUAGAAUACGCAGAAGAAGUAUAUGCGGUCACGGAACGUGAGGAUGGCAAAGCAUUGAGCUUGCUAUGUCCAACUAAGAAGAUAUUUGCUAGAUCUGAUUCUCUGAAUCUGAGCACCUUGACAAUUGACAUAGAAGCUCCUUUCGAUGGAGUAAUCUCUGUCGAGACUACACACUUUUUAGGCGCUCUCGACCCAGGACCUCAUUUCGAUAUAUUUCCAGCAGGAAAGCCAGAGAGUAACCAAGUUGAGAUUGCAAAAACCGAAAAGUCCACCACCCUCAAGUCCGGAUCAUUAUCUGCAACAGUAAAGACUGGCCAUCAUGACUUCGAAAUUCGAUUCCAUGCUACCGAUAGUUCGAAAGAGCUCACAUCGUUACUCAAUCGAAGCGUUGGCUUGGCCUAUAGUCCAGCAACCAGUAAUCCGAUGCAGAUCGCAGACAUGAGAGAUUUUGAACAUUAUAUCUUUACUCAGUCAACACUUUCAGUGGGAGAAUCCGUGUACGGUUUAGGAGAGCGAUUUGGGGCUUUCAAUAAAGUCGGCCAAUCAGUCGAACUCUGGAAUGCCGAUGGAGGCACCUCUAGUGACCAGGCUUACAAGAAUGUACCAUUUUGGAUGAGUUCGCGAGGAUAUGGUGUAUUCAUCGACACCCCUGAUAAGGUAGAUUUGGAGAUUGGAAGUGAGAGAUGCUGUCGAGUUCAGACAAGUGUGGAAGGUCAGAGGCUUAAAUGGUACAUCAUUUACGGCCCAACACCAAAAGAAGUUUUAACAAAAUAUUCAAUCUUGACUGGAAAGCCAGGAAAAGUACCUAGCUGGAGUUUUGGACUGUGGUUGAGCACUAGUUUCACCACAGAUUACGAUGAAAAGACUGUAAACUCGUUUCUCGAAGGAAUGAAUGCACGAGAUAUUCCAGUCGAAGUGUUCCAUUUCGAUUGUUUUUGGAUGAAAGCGUUUCACUGGUGUGAUUUUGAGUUUGAUUCUGAGAUGUUUCCAGAUCCAAAAGCACAAAUCUCUCGUCUAAAAGAAUCUGGACUUGUCAAAAAAGUAUGUGUUUGGGUGAACCCAUAUCUCGGUCAAGCAUCUCCUGUCUUCAAGUAUGCCGCGAGCAAAGGCUACCUACUCAAACGCAAGAAUGGUGACAUGUUUCAAUGGGAUCUUUGGCAGACUGGAAUGGGCAUCAUCGACUUUACCAAUCCCGAGGCUACGGAGUGGUACAUAGGAUGCUUAAAGGGGCUAUUCGAUAAAGGAGUUGACUCGAUUAAGACGGAUUUUGGGGAGCGAAUUCCUUCCAAGGACGUUCAGUGGUUCGAUUCGUCUCUCGACCCAAGGAAGAUGCAUAACUACUAUGCGUUCUUAUACAACAAGAUUGUUUACAAGGCAUUGCAAGAUCGAUAUGGAAAAGACGAAGCCGUUCUCUUCGCACGUACUGCAACUGCUGGCACUCAGCGUUUCCCAUUGCAGUGGGGUGGUGAUUGCGAAUCGACUCCGGAAGCUAUGGCUGAGUCCAUUCGAGGAGGUUUGUCUUUAGGGCUAUCUGGUUUUGCAUUCUGGUCAGUUGAUAUCGGAGGCUUCGAGGGUUAUCCCCCUCCUUGGAUCUACAAACGCUGGGUUGCGUUUGGUCUUCUUUGUUCUCACAGCAGACUUCAUGGCAGCAAUUCGUUCCGUGUGCCGUGGACAGUAGAUGACGACGACAAAUCGGAUCAAGGUUGCUCAAAAAUUCUUUCAAAGUGGACAGCAUUGAAAUCAAGGCUCAUGCCAUACAUCUUCUCACAAGCUCAAGAAGCUGUCGAGUUGGGCAUACCCCUGUCACUUCGAGCUAUGUGCCUGGAAUUCCCAGAUGAUCCCACUUCAUGGUUCCUUGAUCGACAAUUCAUGUUUGGCGAUAGUCUACUCGUAGCCCCAGUAUUCGAAGAGCCCGGAAACGUCGAAUUUUACCUGCCAAAAGGUAAAUGGACAAACUUCUUCACCAACGAAGUGAAGAGUGGGCCUGGUUGGUUCAAGGAGAAUCAUGCGUUCGAUACCCUACCCCUAUACGUUCGCGAGAAUACAGUUCUUGUCCUCGGAAAGUCAGACCAGACCAAGACCGUAUACGAUUAUUCCCAGGACGUCGAAGUUCGUCUAUACAACACUAGCAAUGGGGCAAGAGCCAGGUUAGUGAGUUCGGAGGGAAUUGAUAUUGGCAUUCUUGAAGUUGAUGAAGAAGGGAAAUUGAAGGAUCAGCAGUUUUUGACAGGGUCAUGGGAGGUCACGAACGCCUAA